UGCACUCUUGUUAGGUGCGCUCGCUUGACGUGUCGUUCGAUUAUUUCCCGCGUAAACAACAGCUCGCUUCUUAUUUACACAGCAGACGCAAUACUUUUCGAGCCAUACCAGUUAUCUCGAUGAUUCGAAGUUCGCGCAGUUGCGAUUGAGCCAGGAAAAGAGUAAAAUAUAGAGUUUUUUGGCACUGAAUUUUGUGUGCAUCGUGUUCGCCGUCGAGUGAUAAAAAUGGGUGACAUGCUGAGUGCUUUGUUCAGUUUUUCAAAUGUAGUGACUAUACUUGCCACUGGCUUCGUUCUUUUCUAUCUUUACGCCAAGUACAAACAGUCGUACUGGCGGCGAAGAGGAGUCGACUCGCCACCGGCUCACUGGUUCUUCGGAAACUUCAAAGAUGCCAUCUGCCUUCGUUCGGCGCCUCCAGCCGUCCUCGGUGAAAUUUACAAAUAUUACCAAGGACAACCGGACAAACCGGUGAUCGGUCUGUACAUCAUGCAGACGCCUUUUUUACUCCUUCGCAGUCCCGAAGUUAUCAAGCAAGUUUUUAUAAAAGAUUUUCACAACUUUACCGAUCGUUACUUCGCGGCCAAGAGAAAAACUGACGUUAUCGGAAGUACGGGCUUAUUUUCCAUCGAUAAUCCAGAAUGGAAGUACCUUCGCGUCAAAUUGUCACCGGCUUUCACCAGUGGAAAGCAGAAGAAACUUUUCGAACUCAUGGUAGAGAGCGCGAAGAACUUGAAUCAGUACAUGGCCAAAAAAGUUGGCGAGGGCAAAAUCGACAUGGAAGUUCGAAGAGUAUGUGCCAAGUACACGACCGACGUGAUAUCUUCGUUGACUUUCGGCAUCAGGACCAAUUCUUUCGACGAGCCUGAACCUGAAUUUUUUGUUCGCAGCAGGGAUAUUUUCAAACAAGAUCUUAGAAGGACUCUCAACUUGUUUGUUGCCUUCUUCUUUCCAAAGUUAGGCGAUUAUUUACAGGCAACAUUUCUUGGCAAACACGAAGAAUAUUUCCGAAAAAUAUUUUGGGAGUCUGUGAAUGCAAGAGAAAAGUCGGGUUUCAAGCGAGGAGAUCUGAUCGACUUUUUGGUGGAACUCAAGAAUGAACCGCAAGAUGCCCAAUUCCGUUUUGACGGCGAUCAAUUGCUGGCGCAAUCGGCAAUAUUUUUCGUCGCCGGUCUCGAAACAAGUGCUAUAACUAUGACUUUUACCCUCAUGGAGUUGGCCAGACAUCCAGAGAUUCAAAAAAAAGUACGAGACGAGAUUCGCGAAAAAAUUGGCAAAGCAACCCUGACCUACGACAUGAUAUCGCAGAUGAGCUACCUUCAGCAAGUCGUGUCGGAGAUCCUGAGGUUGUACCCUCCAGCGCCCCUGCUCGAUCGCGUCGCCCUCAACGAUUACAAGGUACCUGGCACGGACAUAGUCAUCGAGAAGGGCACAGUGGUUUACACAACACUCAUGGGUAUACACGAAGAUCCAGGAUUGCACCCAGACCCCACGAAAUUUGAUCCUGAUAGGUUCAGCGAGGAAAGAAAGGAUAACAUUCAACCUUGUACUUACAUGCCAUUUGGCGAUGGACCGAGAAUAUGCAUAGGACAACGAACCGGCCAAUUGCAAACCAUGGUAGGAUUGAUCACAAUUUUGAGGGACUACGAGGUUUCGCAAAAUACCAAUUAUAAAAAUGAAGUGAGCAAACGAGCUAUUUUCUUGGCACCAGCUGACGGAGUUCAUAUUUAUGUAAAAAAGAAUCCAGUAUUGUAGCUUCUAUUAAUGGAAGAUUAGUUUUUAAUUCGUUUUAGGUACACAAAGCUAUAAUUUUUUUGAAUAAAAUGUUUUAGCUACGUUUACAAAAGUUUUAUAAAAAAUCAAAAA